AUGAAAAAAAAUAAUAAAUUUGAGUAACUUAAAUCUUCGAUAAAGGGAAGUCUAAAUCUCAAGAUUUCCUAAGAAACCAUGUUUUCUCAAAGAAAAGAAAUUAUCGAAUAAGACAGUGCCUAUAAUAUUUACUACAUCAUGGGUAAUUUUCAUACAUACUAUUAGGAAUUUGAAAUUUUGGGAGAGGGAUGUGUUGGUUUAGUUAAGAAAGUGCGCAAGAUUUCUACAGGUGAGUAUUUCGCUUGCAAAACAGUAAAAUUAAAAGAUGAAGAAACUGUAAUGUAGGUCAUUAGAGAAUUUAAAAAUAUUUAAAAAUUAAACCAUCCCAACAUAGUAAAAAUGUACGAACUUUUUGUAGACGAAGUGAAAAGAAGAAUUUACACAAUAAUGGAAUUAGUAGAAGCAAGAGAGAUGUUUGAAGUUAUCAGAAAAUUGGGAUCAUAUUCUGAAUAAAUAGCUUCAAAAAUUUUCAAAUAAAUCCUUUAAUCUAUUAAAUACAUGCAUGAUCAAUUGGUUUGCCACAGAGAUUUAAAGCCGAACAAUAUUUUAGCCACUGAAGACGGGCUCUGUGUUAAAAUCACUGAUUUUAAUAUUUCUAAAUUUGGAAGUCAGAAUAAAAAGGAUUAGCUAUACAACUAAAAUCUAAAAAUGUGGACCUAUACUGGAACAGUCUCUUUUUCAGCACCUGAAAUUUUUUCAGAGAGCGAGUAUGAUCAGUCUGUAGAUAUUUGGAGUGCCGGAGUUGUUUUAUACACCAUGCUUAGUGGAUAAGAACCUUUCUAAGCUGAAUAUCUUAAAGAUUUAAUUCAGAAAAUAUAGACAGCUGAUUACUCUUUUCCCGCUGAAAGUUGGGAGCAUAUAAGUGAAGAUGCAAAAGAUCUAAUUAGAAAAUGCUUAAUCUUAAAUGCAGAGGAAAGGAUUAAACCAGAGUAGGCUCUCCUUCAUCCUUGGAUUACUGGUAAGCAAAAUACUUCUCCAUUAGCUUUAAUCUUCUUUAAUAAUUUUGAGAACACAGCCAAAAAGCUUUCCAAGCAAGUUAAUGCUUACGAAAAGCUUGGACUUAUAAAAAUAUCGGAAAGAAAAAAAUCAGUUGAUUCAAGUAUUCUCCGCUAACACUAACUUAGAUAAUUUUGCUUAAACGAAGCUAAUAAUAAUUAAAAUAGCAUAAAAGAGGCUUUUGACGAUUAAUCUAAGUCUAUAACUAGUUUUGCUACUUAUAAAAAUAUACAAUAAUAAUUGACACCUGAAGCUAGUGGAAGCUUAUUGUCUUUUAACUAGUUCAACACUUUUAAUAACUAAUCUUCUCCUUUUAUAAAUGCUAAUAAUUAAAAUACAUUAGAAAUGUCCAAAAGGGCGAGUAUAUGCUUUGCAACUAUAAAAAAUAUAUAGAAGUGUAAUGAAAGCAUCGAAGAAAGUGACUAGGAAUCGGCAUAAAACUCGCCUUAAUUUCAGCGCUCUCCUAGAGCAAAAAAAUACCAUAAAACUCUGAUCAUUCACGAUAGAUAUAGACUAAGUGAGUAAGAUUAAUUUACAAUUUAGUAAAAUGAAAUUAUAGCAUCUUCCACAUCAAGUAUUUCUCACACUUUUACAGAUGAAAUAGUUGAUUAAGGCAUCAGUAAUACAAAUAUUUAAAAUUAAAGCUAAAAUCUUAUAAAUCCUAUAUAUACUAUGCUCCAAAAUAAAAUCAGCUAUCUUAAUAAAUCAAACUUAUAAAUAUGUAAUAUUCAGGAAUAGGAUAGUAUGAAUAGCUUAAAUUCAACUGAAAUUUAUAGCAGUAAUAGAGAAAUAGAAAACUCUCAAACAUUUAAUUCAAAAUUAAAUAUAGAUAUAUCAUUUCAAAAUACUCAAUUAAAAAGUGAAUAGACUAGCAUUUCUCCUUAAAAGCGCAAGUAGCCUAAAAAUAAUACCUUUUUAAUAAGCUCAGUAUAGAAAACAAUGUGUUCUUCUUGA